CUCAGCAAGCUUUCCAUUAUGAUUGAGCCCUUCUUGGGAACCUGGAAGAUGGUCUCCAGUGAAAACUUUGAUGAAUACAUGAAACAAUUGGGAGUGAGUGUUGCAGUCCAGAACCUUGCAGGGUUGGCAAAGCCACAAAUCACUAUUAGUACCAACAGGGAUAAGGUUAACAUCAAAACAGAAAGUUCUUUCAAGAACACUGAGAUCUCCUUCAAGCUGGGGGAAGAAUUUGAUGAAACCACAGUAGAUAACUGGAAAGUGAAGAGCAUCAUAACAUUAGAUGGUGGCUCAAUGAUUCAUGUCCAAAAAUGGCUUGACAAAGAGACAACAAUUAAAAGAAAAAUUAUAGAUGGAAAAAUGGUAGUGGAAUAUAUUAUGAACAAUAUUGUCAGCACUGGAAUCUAUGAAAAGAUAUGAAAAAAUUGCAUGCAUCAGUGAAAACUUGUCCACUAACAGGAAACUGAGACUUCAAGAAGAUGUGCCUUAGGGCCAGUGAUUAAAAAAUUGCUCAACAUAAAUUUGCUCAAUAAAACCAAAUUAAG